AUGAUUACUCGCGAGCACGAGGCUACGCUGACCUUCACCCCUCUCGCCCGGACCUUUGGUGCAGAAGUCCACGGCGUUGACUUCUCCAAGACCAUCUCGAAAGAGACCGCGGCCGAGAUACGAGAGGCGAUCAACAAGUAUGGUGUCCUCGUGUUCCGCGGGGCACACAUCAACAACGAACAGCAGAUUGAAUUCACCGCCAACUUCGGCGAAAUGUAUGAUGUCAAGGCACACAUGAAGGCUGGCCGCAGAAUGCGAUUUCCAGGCCAGCCCGAGAUCUUCGACGUCUCCAAUCUGGACGAAAACGGUAAUGUGCUCACGGAGCUGGAGCCCGCACGCGUCGGGGCGAACAAGGGCAAUUGCCUUUGGCACGCAGACAUGGCCUACAAUCCACGCCGCGCACACUAUUCGAUCCUCCGCGCCGUCGAGCUUCCUCCAAAGGGUACCGGAGGUGCAACGCAGUACCUCGAUUCCCGAACCGCAUAUGACGAUCUCUCAGAGGAGAUGAAACGACGUAUCGAUCCGCUGGUCUGCAACAACUCGCUCUACCACAACCGCAAACUGGCUGCACCAGACACUUUUGCGGAUUUCGAACCCGCGGAUUUUCCCUUUGCGCGGCAUAAGCUGGCUCAGAUGCACGAAGAAUCAGGGCGCAUGAACCUGUACAUCACAACGUAUGCGCAUCAUUUCGACGGGGAGACGAUUGAACAGAGCAGACCGCUGGUGAACGAGUUGCUAGACCACGUCUCGCAGGACAAAUACUUGCUGACUGUGGAGUGGGAAAACAAUGGCGACAUGGUCAUGUGGGACAACACGGCGGUUCUGCACCGUGCCACCCCAGGAGGAGCGUACACGACCAAGUAUAAACGAGACAUGCGUCGGACGUCAACCAAAGACAGCAGCUCGUAUGGAUGGGGGGUGGAUCGCUCUGCCACUUGGGAGGCUGGUCUCCGGCACAAAAAAGAAUGA